AUGGCGGCCAGGAGCAAGCAGAGCGUGACCAGAGUGACCGUGAAAGACUUCGUGGACGCACACUUCCACGUCGUGGACGCGCCCGCGGAGAAUCCAGGACGAGGCGGCCAGAAGAAACUGCCAAUAGAGGGUGGGGGGCCUGAAGCACCGGCUGGCAAGACUAAAGCAAAGGCUAAGGCGAAACCAACACCUAUUCAAGACAUUGCCCCUGCGGCUGCGGACGUAGCCGCGGUGCCGGCGCCCGCGCCGGAAUUCAAGCAGAAGCUGUGCAAGCUUACGUGCAAAACUUGCCAGUGUGAGUUCAAGGGGAUGGGGAACCCCCGUGCACUGCAACACAUCCUGCUGAGCACCCAGGGAGAGGUCAAGUUGUGUUCGGACCCGCAAGUAACUCAAAAAGGGCUCCGCCACCUCGUUGAGGCGAAGGUGCCCCUGGCGAACAAAUUCGAGAAGAGUCUCGCAUCGCACGUGAACCUCACCUUGCUCAAGAAGCCUCAACCAGACCUCAAGAAGGAGGGCACCAGCGUGAACGCCACCACCCCGUCUGAGCUGAAAAACAUGCAGAAGAUGCAAGUGCAAACAGGGAUCGCUAAGGGUGGGUUCGCGGUGAACAAAGAGAUAGAGGAGCAUUACACAUCCUUCCUCAAGAGCCUGAACUCCACCUAUGAGCCUCCCUCCAGAAACGAGGUGGAGAGCCUCCGCGACGAGCUGCACAAAGAGCGGAUACAAGCCAGGGACACGAUCCUUCAGGCGAUGGGGCCUGGGGGGAUUGUAAGCGACGGGUGCCGUGGGAAGAUGUACGAAUCAAUGCUCAACUUCCUUUACGUGGAGGGCGUCAGCGGGACAUGCCUGUACAGGAGCACCGUUGACAUGGGGAGCCGCACCAAAGACGGAGAGGAACUAACGAAAGUUGUUCGAGAGGUGCGGGCCGACAUGGAAAGAGUGGCUGGGCGAGGCAAGGUCUGCACGUGUAUCACGGACAGAAUCAGCGCGAAUAAGGUCAGCUGGAAGCUCCUCGAGGACGACGGGUUCGAAGGCGGCCCAGAUAGCGUCCACGUGCGCCACUCCAUGAUAGGAGAUGUGCUGAAAGCCAUUCCUGGCUUCGCGGAGGCAGCGGCGGACGCCAAUACAGCAGUGGAGGGCUUUCGGAAACGCCCGAAACUCCUCAGCGACUUCAGGGACUACCAGACCGAAGCCAGCGACAAACGCUUGACCCUUUUGAAGGCCAGGAAGGAGAGGUUCGGCAGCACGUACUACAUGAGCAGCCGCCUGAUCCGCUUGAAGAAGCAUUUGAAAACGUACGCGUGCAGAAAGAGGUUCAAGUCCAAGUUCUCCAAAGCCGCCCCGGACCAGGCCACGAAGACCCUCAUCCGCAGCAAAUUCAAAGCCAAGCGGUUUUGGAAGGAGCACAAGCACAUCGUAAAAGUGCUGGGCACCAUUGUCCGCAGUAUGCGGAUGUGUGACGCCAGGAGGCCAGGGAAGGCAGGCUUGCUGUUGCCAUCUUUGAAGAGGAUGUGGACGUCCCUGGAGAAGCACGUCGGAAUUGCGUGCGAGAAGCUUCAGGGCGGCGAGGCUGCCAAGAAAACUCAGGAAGACGUGUUUCGACAUAUCGCUCUCAUAAUCCAGGAGCUCACGACGGACCGAACCAUGGCGGCUACGAUAGCCCAUCCCCGAAACAUCCAGAAGUGGCGCAACGAGCAAGAGAAGCACGGCCCGAUGCACAAAUUGAAAAGAGCUUGCAAUGCAGGCUUUUUCGAAGUCGGCCGUGCGCAUGCCGACUGGGACGAGGCCAAAAACGCAGUGUGCGAUGACACCAGCCAGAAAGGGAUUUGGCUCGACGGGAAGCUCAUUAAGCAAUGCGAGACAAUGACGCUCGAAGCUUUCUGGGAGCAGGCCUCCGUGGAGAGCCCAUGCCCAGGCCUCAAGAACGUCAUGAUUGACAUGCUCAGCCACGUGGUCGACUCCGCGGACAGCGAGCGCUUGUGGAGCAUGCUCCAACACACGGAUCCGAAAGGCUCGAAACGCAGCAGAUUGGAUUUCCAGAACAAGGACAAGGAGGUCGGCAUCGCAGCCGCGAUCCACCUCGAGAAAUACCUAAAGCGGAACACGCUGGCCCAUGUGAAGCGCAGGAAGGUCAAGAAAUCCCUCAGCGAGCCGCUCGCUGCUCAUGGCAUCCUGGACCCUGAUCUCGGCGGGAGCUCGGAGGAUGACGCGCUGCCCUUGGCGGAUGAGGGAGAAGAGGAAGCCGUAGAACACGCCAUGGACGUGGAAAGCGAAGAGGAAGCAUCCGCUUCCGACGGUUCCGAUUGA